AUGACUCAGUACCUGGCAUAUCAGUUUGCCGGGGAUUCGCCCAGUGCGGCAUCGUACAUGUUUGGUCAGUUAAGCUAUCGGUCUGUUUUUCGGCCGGGGGAAGAGCGCCCUCAGUUUAACAUUGCGUACCGAUGGUGGGAGGAUGAAGCAACAACUAUUCUUUGGACUUUUGACGUCGAGGUGAUCAAGAGAGUUAUACGUUUCAAGCUUUUCUCUGACGAACAGUUUCCACGGAUGGCGCUUCAUCGUCGACCAACUUCCACAGUGGACGAUCUCCUCAAGGGACUUUUUGACUCUCAGGAAAGAGUAUUCUAUGCUAACCUACCGCACGCUCAAAAAGUGGACGCCAUUCUACAGCGAUGCAAGCCUACUGCUCCGCCCAUGAUUUCGUGGGGCUGGCUCCCAGCCCGGAUGGAGAUAGGCCGGACGGGCGAUAACUUGGAAUCUUUAGCCGUCGCCAAGGCCAUUGAUGCCGAAAGUCAUCUUCAUUUCACCCGUAUAACAUUUGAGGAGCUGGUCCGGUAUUCGCUGGGUUACCCGUCUGGCCAAGUGGAAUGGUUCUUGCGGCAGCAUACAUGUUUCUAUGCCCACCUGUUGGAUCACCUGCAUGCAUUUCCCGAGCAGGUUGAGAGAUACGCGGAGGUUGAGAAGCACCUUCAGACUCGAAGCCCCUUUGCCCAUCGCGCUGUGAUUAGUGCUCUACAAGAUGCAGGUUACGCGCUCGAACUGCCAUGCAUGACACCCGGGUUCGGAUUCUUUGCUGGAGCAAUUCAACGUCUUUUCAAUGAACUUCUGAACUUGAAGUUGAUUUUGAAGGUGCUCAAUGUCUUAGGAGUUCGAUUUGCGCGGUGGUACUUGCACGCCCAGGAAAUGGACUGGUCGCGGCCGUUCAGCAUCGUCUUCUCUUUUCUUGAGGACAUGGACAGCUCGGAUUCGCCAGUGAGCUUUGCUCGUAAUCUGACCAGAUCUGUCGAGCGGGAUUUUGCCUUACUGAUUGAAGGGGGUACUUUGGACAAAAGUGUGGCUAAUCGUCUGUCGGAACGUUGGCAGCUUCUCUCUGUAGAAGUUUGGGAAUGUUGCAAGGCGCUUCCAGAAACGAUCCGGUUUAUCCAAGAAUGUUUAGAGCCUCUAUUGACUUUGCGGAACUACCAUUCCCUGACUGCCAUUCUCAGUGGGCUUCACAAGUACCGCGUUUCCGAAUCUUCGCUCGUCCGCCUUGAAAACGGAACAACUGCCCUGAAUCUGAACCAACUGCUUCCUUCUGAGAUGUUAUACCUCCUCAAUCCGUCACAGAACUACGCGCUAUAUCGGCAGCAAUAUCAGCAGGCGCCUGGGAUUCCCUUCCUCAUUCCUCACUUGUAUGAGUAUCAUCAGCUUGGUGAGCCUAUUCUUCAAAACCUCUAUGAGCAAAUGAGCGCUGUCAUUCCUCAGCUCUAA